GGUCUUGAGCGGAGGUUUUCAGGAGUGGUGCAGAGGGUCUUAGGAGUGGUGUGGAGCGUCUCAGGAGGUGUGCAGUUAGUGGAAGCGCUCACAGCCAAAUACAGCGUGGUAACGUUCCUACCUCGAUUCCUCUACGAGCAGAUCAGAAGAGCUGCCAAUGCUUUCUUCCUCUUCAUUGCCUUAUUACAGCAAAUCCCAGAUGUCUCUCCAACUGGAAGAUAUACUACUUUGGUGCCCUUAAUCUUCAUCCUUACUGUGGCUGGUAUCAAGGAAAUUAUAGAAGACUAUAGAAGACAUAAAGCCGACAAUACUGUUAAUAAAAAGAAAGCAAUAGUGCUGAGAGGUGGGACAUGGCAGAAUUUAAUAUGGAAGGAGGUGGCAGUGGGAGACAUUGUGAAGGUGACCAAUGGCCAGCAUAUGCCAGCCGAUAUGAUCAUUUUAUCUUCCAGCGAGCCACAAGCAAUGUGUUACAUUGAAACAUCCAAUCUCGAUGGUGAAACUAAUUUAAAAAUCCGUCAGGGUUUACCAGCCACAUCAACUCUACAAUCCCUUGAAGACCUGGUAAAGAUGACGGGAAGGAUCGAGUGUGAAGGGCCAAAUCGCCAUCUGUAUGAUUUCACUGGAAACCUACGACUUGAAAGCAGCAGCCCAGUUGCCCUUGGACCCGACCAAAUCUUGUUAAGAGGGGCCCAGAUCAGGAACACUCAGUGGGUUCUGGGGAUUGUUGUGUACACAGGGCAUGACACCAAGCUCAUGCAGAAUUCCACCAAAGCACCUCUGAAGAGAUCCAAUGUAGAGAAAGUGACCAACAUACAGAUCUUGGUUUUGUUCUGCAUCCUGCUGGUCAUGGCGCUGGUCAGCUCUGUCGGGGCCUUGUUAUGGAAUAGGACGUACGGAGAAACCAACUGGUACUUGGGGAGCAGUGAGGCUAUAUCUAACAACUUUGGAUACAAUCUUCUGACAUUCAUUAUCCUGUACAACAACCUCAUCCCCAUCAGCCUGCUGGUGACCCUGGAGGUGGUGAAGUUCACUCAGGCUCUUUUCAUCAACUGGGACAGAGAUAUGUACUAUGCAGACACAGACACUCCCGCUAUGGCCAGAACAUCCAAUCUGAAUGAAGAGCUGGGACAGGUCAAGUAUUUGUUUUCAGACAAAACUGGAACUUUAACCUGCAAUAUCAUGCACUUCAAGAAAUGCAGCAUUGGUGGUAUUACAUAUGGACACUUUCCAGAAUUUGAGAGAGAACGCUCCUCUGAAGAUUUCAGCCAGUUACCUUCUACAAGUGAAUCAUGUGACUUUGAUGACCCUAAGCUAUUUCAGAACAUUGAAGGUGAAAGUCCCGCAGCCCUGGUGAUCAAGGAAUUCCUAACUCUGCUUGCUGUAUGUCACACGGUUGUUCCAGAAAAAGAUGGAGACACAAUCAUCUACCAGGCCUCAUCCCCAGAUGAAGGAGCUCUAGUGAAAGGAGCAAGGAAACUGGGCUACACGUUCACUGGAAGGACGCCAACUUCCGUCAUUAUAGAUGCUAUGGGCACAGAACAGAACUUUGAACUUCUCAAUGUGCUGGAAUUCUCAAGCGACAGAAAAAGGAUGUCUGUGAUUGUCCGGACUGCAUCAGGGAAUCUCAGGCUCUAUUGCAAAGGAGCAGAUAAUGUUAUAUUUGAGAGGUUGUCAAGAGAUUCCCAGUACAUGGAACAUACUUUAAACCAUCUGGAACAAUUUGCUUCUGAAGGUUUGAGGACAUUGUGUCUCGCAUACACAGACCUGGACGAAUCUGAAUACAAGGAAUGGCUGAAAACUCAAAAUGAAGCCAGUGUCGUUUUGAAGGACAGGGCUCAGAAACUUGAGGAUUGUUAUGAGCUUAUUGAAAAGAAUUUGAAUCUUCUUGGUGCUACAGCAAUAGAGGACAGGCUACAAGGAGGAGUCCCGGAAACUAUAGCCACUUUGAUGAAAGCUGAAAUAAAAAUAUGGGUUUUAACAGGAGACAAACAGGAAACUGCUGUCAAUAUAGGAUACUCGUGCCGGUUGGUGUCACAGACAAUGUCACUCCUCAUUGUUAAUGAGGACUCACUGGAUGCAACAAGAGAAACGUUAACAAACCACUGUAAUAACCUAGGAGAUUCACUUGGAAAGGAAAAUGACCUGGCUCUUAUCAUUGAUGGACAGACCCUAAAGUACGCUCUCUCGUUUGAAGUCCGGCAGUGCUUCCUGGAUUUGGCACUUUCCUGUAAGGCUGUCAUCUGCUGCAGAGUGUCUCCACUGCAGAAAUCUGAAAUUGUAGACAUGGUAAAGAAACAUGUCAAUGCCAUCACCCUGGCCAUUGGAGACGGUGCCAACGAUGUUGGAAUGAUCCAGACCGCACACGUUGGAGUGGGGAUCAGCGGGAACGAGGGCAUGCAGGCAACCAACAACUCCGAUUACGCUAUAGCUCAGUUUUGUUACUUGGAGAAACUUCUUUUAGUCCACGGAGCCUGGAGCUACAAUCGUGUGACCAAAUGCAUCCUCUACUGUUUCUACAAGAAUGUGGUCCUUUACAUCAUCGAGCUUUGGUUCGCAUUUGUUAAUGGAUUUUCUGGACAAAUCUUGUUUGAACGAUGGUGCAUUGGCUUGUACAAUGUGAUUUUCACCGCCUUACCGCCUUUCACACUGGGAAUCUGCGAGCGAUCCUGCAGCCAAGACAGCAUGCGAAGAUUUCCACAGCUCUACAAAAUCACUCAGAAUGCAGAUGGAUUUAACACAAAGGUAUUUUGGGGUCAUUGUAUCAAUGCCUUGGUCCACUCGCUAAUCCUCUUCUGGUUCCCACUGAAAAUGAUGGAACACGAUGCUGUGUUCACCAAUGGACAAGUUACAGAUUAUUUAUUCGUUGGAAACAUUGUUUACACUUACGUUGUGGUGACAGUCUGUUUAAAAGCUGGCCUGGAAACUACAGCAUGGACAAAAUUUAGUCACCUGGCCGUCUGGGGGAGCAUGCUAAUGUGGCUGGUGUUCUUUGCUGCAUACUCUGCCAUUUGGCCCAUCAUUCCCCUUGCACCGGAUAUGCUUGGACAGGCGGGGAUGGUAUUGAAGAAUGGAUACUUCUGGCUUGGAUUGCUGCUUGUUCCUUCCGCAUGCCUGAUACGGGAUGUAGCUUGGAGAGCGGCCAAGCAGACCUAUAAUAAAACUCUACUAGAGCAAGUCCAGGAGAUCGAGACCCGCUCCAAGGAGAUGAGCAAGACUGCCAUACGUGAUUCCAAUGGAAAAAGCUUGAAUGAACGUGACCACUUGUUGAAGAGACUUGGCAGGAAGACCCCUCCGAGCCUGUUUCGUGCUAAUUCUGUCCAGCAAGGUGUAUCAUAUGGAUUUGCAUUUUCUCAAGAAGAAAACGGUGUUGUUUCUCAGUCUCAAAUUGUCCGAUCCUAUGACACAACAAAACAGAGGAUCGGGAUAGAAUAACAAAGGCCUUGGCGACUGGUUGCAGCAGAUAAUAAGCAUUUGGACAAUAUGUCUACUGUUAACAGUUAUUUGACUAAGUUUGGCCACAACAGCCAAAUAAUGGGAAACCUAUUUCUGUGGCCUUCGCCAACAAAUUUCUUAACUUCAUUUUUUUUUUUCCACCAGCAGGACCUGCAUGAGAUUCCAAUAAAACUAUGCAUUACAGGUCUGUCUGGGAGCUAAAAUGUUAUUAUACAUACUUAUAACAGGGGCACAGUGUGCCUGCAAGUUUAACAAAACAUGGUUUCAUUUCCUCCUGCUGUAUUCUGCUUCUGACUGUUGACGUAUAACAGUUGUACUCUGGUGUUAAACAGAUACAAUUCUGCAUUAAGGACUAUUGUUCCAUGUAGAAAGGUUACAGUACAUUGAGGGAUGCUGGUGAAUGGGUCUUCUACUUUCAGAUGACCUUCAAGAGGCAGUCCAACCAAACUGAGCAGAACCUGGUUUAUGAGUAACACAACCCUUCCUGAGAUCUCAACUUCAUGCUCUCUUCAACCCUGGUGGCCUUACUUAUGCUUAAUGCUAGCAAUUGCAAAACAGGCUGAUUUUUUUUCAUAAAGCCCAGUAAGGAGCGAAUGACCACAAUGCUCAACAUAAAACUGGGCAGGGCUAAAGCCAGGCUUGUACUGUGGAUAUUCUUGGUGAGGUCUUCAAAGA